AGUGCACCUCCCUAAUUUCACCCGUAAGGUAAAUCCCAUUAGUUAUCUGUACGCGAGGGGGGGCCCUGAACCAUCCGCGUUGACCAGUCCCCUCAAGACCUCGAUCUCCACCGUCGGAGAUGGGGGAAAGUUCAACUGCUCAUCGAAGGCGGAAGAGUUCCUUGGUCGGCGGAUCACCCACUGAAGAUUUAUCCAAUCCCUCCAGGACGUCAACUACUAUAGCCGAAUACCCUGAGCCCCCAACUAGCGGUCACGGGGAGCUUGUGCACACGACAACAACCGAUGAAGACAUUCUAUCUGACCACGGUUCGCAAGUUCCCAGCGAGGAGCUAGAGCUUGGAAGUCUUGCCUCAGACGAAGAAGCAAUGGAAGACGAAGAGCUUGGCUUGACGAGACACGAGCGGCGGGACAGGAGGACGAGGAAGCGGCGACAUAUGCGCAUGGACGAAAGAGUGGUUGAGGAUCCAAAAUAUUCUAGGGAAGAGGAGCAGGUUGCAGAUCGUGCUGUGGUCAAGAAAUCCAUUGUUAAUGGGAUCCUGAUAUGUCUCUGGUAUUUCUUCUCGCUCUCGAUUUCCCUCUACAACAAAUGGAUGUUUUCAGAGAAGCAUUUGAAUUUCAAAUAUCCGCUCUUUACCACCUGCUUGCACAUGCUUGUUCAAUUCACACUUGCAUCUCUUGUGUUAUUUUUCUUCCCUCAUUUCCGGCCUCGCCACGACUCCCUAAAUCCUCGGUACACCCAUCACCAUUCGCAUGCACGGAAUGACUCCGCAGAUGCCCAUCGUCCUAUUAUGACCAGGUAUUUUUACAUCACUCGGAUUGGACCCUGCGGAGCUGCGACAGGAUUAGACAUUGGAUUAGGAAACAUGAGCCUGAAGUUUAUCCGCCUGACUUUCUACACCAUGUGCAAAUCGUCAGCACUUGCCUUCGUCCUACUUUUUGCUUUUAUUUUCAAACUAGAAACUCCGUCGACGAAGCUAGUUUUGAUCAUCUUCACCAUGACCGUUGGCGUCAUCAUGAUGGUUGCAGGAGAGACAGCAUUCAACGCUCUUGGAUUCAUCUUGAUCAUCUCUUCCGCCUUUUGCUCUGGGUUUCGCUGGGCCCUAACGCAAAUUCUCCUUCUCCGCAACCCUGCCACGUCCAAUCCUUUCAGUAGCAUCUUUUUUCUUGCCCCCGUCAUGUUUACCAGUCUCUUCAUCAUUGCUCUCCCUGUUGAAGGCCCUAGUGAAAUUGGUGCUGGUCUGGCUGAUCUUUUCGAAAGAAAAGGGACCCCCGUUUCCAUUGGCCUUCUCUUGUUCCCAGGAACACUUGCUUUCCUAAUGACGUCUUCCGAAUUUGCGCUCCUUCAGCGCACCUCGGUUGUAACGCUUAGCAUAUGCGGCAUCUUCAAAGAAGUCGUCACAAUCAUUGCUGCCAAUUUGACGUUCAAAGAACACUCUCUGACACCUAUCAACUUCUCCGGUCUCCUCGUCACGAUGGGAAGCAUUGCCGCUUAUAACUAUAUCAAGGUAGUCAAGAUGCGACAAGACGCUCGAGCAGAUGCGUACCUUGGUCACGAAGACGCCGACGGAUAUACGCCCAUCGCCGGCGGCCCAGAUGGAUUGUCGUCCGAGGCGGACACCUUGGAAGCUCGACCAAGAAGCGCUGUUCGAGCCAAGUCUGCUACUUUUGGGCCUCACGGUUCCCAUCUGACCGGCGUUUCUCAUGAGGUUCAAACUUCAGGCAAUUCGUCUCCCGUCAAGAGACCUGAAGAUCAGGAAUGACCUAUAUUUCCUUUUGUUCGGCAUCCCAUUUAGUCAUAUCAUCAUUCAUAUAUUAUUUCUUCACUUCAUUUGCUGCUUUGUUUUCGUUACAAGGUCGUCUUGGGCGUCACAUGGGCCUGGUUUGACAUUGAAACAAUAUACACGUGCGCGUCACCGGGAUUGCAGGCAGAACAACGGCACUGACUUGAUUUUUCUUUUGGAACUCUCUCAUCUCUAGACUCAGAAAUGGUCUCUUUUCUAUGUUACAAUUGCGGCAAAGUUAUGAUCGCUAAUACCCAUAUUCCCUUUUUUCCUCCCUUGGUCGGUGCGCAAGGCUCACAAGUCUAGAGAAGAAAAUGGCCAUGCUUGGUAUCAUCAAGGCUCCUCCAUACACCCAUAUUUCCCUUUUGAAACAUUUUCCAGGAUAGUCGUUAGAAUAUCAAGAAAGAUCCUUGGAUCUAUUUAUUUGAUCGUGUGUUGC